CCACAGAGUACCGAUUGCAUCCUCCCUUUCUCUUCUAGCUGGCCGGGGUCUCCCAACUUUCCGCCACAACUUCCCGCGUGUCUUGUCGGCUGCCUUGCUUCUUCUCGCGCCACACAUGCUCGACAAAACACGCGGCUUAUGAAUUUCGCAAAACAAGCCGUUGCAUUGUCUUUUCAGCAUUCGGCUCUUAAGUCUAAAACUACCACGAGCUGCUCGGUUUCCCCGGAUCGACUACUGGCCGCCGAAGUAACCGACUGGUUCUCGUGGCCGGCAAACGGGUUUGAGGCUUUCCCGGCAAAACCUCGGCGUUCUUGCUGAGAAUUCAUUGAAGAAGACGCUCGUUUCACCGCUUCCAAUACCAUGGGGUCGCGCGCCGGUUCGAGGGUCCAUCUGCGGCGUAUGUACACCGCAACCUGAGUCAAAUCGCGGCAGCGUUCCCGACAUCGAGGCGGAGGUCCCGUCUGCGGAUUUGAUAGCCUUUCACCACUUUCCUCGUCCCCAUUUUCGCAUUUUUGACGGAAGAGAAGUCGCUUCAUGCCGAGAGACCUGGGAAAACUGUCUGUUUUCAGCGGCUUUUCGCCGGCCGUGGCGCUUCGCGUCCUAGGACGCGGCAAGGGGGGCGGACGCGACCGCUGUAAAGAAGGACCUGCCUUCCGAACCGCCUUUUCUCCGCCCUCCUGAACAAUCAAAGUACCAACCAGUCCUCGUCCUUUUCGUGCGGCGUUACCCUGCUUCUCAGGCCGCGUUUCCCACUCUCCCUGCCCUCCGCCGCUCGACAGAGGAUGCCACGAUGUCACAAACAGCGACGGCCUACUGCGGGGUGCCCCGCCCCUCGUCAUCGCGAGACACGAUGCUUCUUCAGUCAGACACCUCUGGAAACAUGGCGUUUCACCAAGCAGACAGCGCUGCCUUGCCACACAAGGAUCCUCCUCCCGUGUCUAGUUUCCGCGUUUUUUCGUCUUCGCUGCCGUUCUCUCAGCCGACAGUCCCCCAGGCUUCUUUCUGUUCCUUCCCGUCGACCACCACGAUGGACUGCAACACUGGCCCGGCGUCCAGAGCCUCUAUGGACCGCGUCUUGCCGCUCUUGACUCAGUCGUCUUCUCUGCUUCUCCCACCGGCCUGGCUCGCGGCUGACGGCUCUGCCUUCCCGCUCUUGUCUUCUUCACGGCCAGCUGCGAACCGGAGUCACGCUUUUCUGCAUGCGUUUGGCGAGCGCGCCGCGAGCGAUCCGAGAGUCGAGGAAAUCUCCUCCGAGGAAACCGAGGACGAAGGCGAACAACCGGCGACAGGCGGGACAGCAACUGGCGAUGGACCGGGAGGGCUGAGAGGGAUCGACGACGCAUGCAGAGGGGCAAGAACUCUCCCCAGUCAGAGUCAGCGUUCGCAAGGGAGUGAGCCACGCAAGGCUUGCGGCGAAGGAGACAGACAGCAAGCAUGGCGACUGAGAGAAGGCGAAAGAGACUCUGGAACACAGUCGUCGUUGUCGCUCUUCUCUCGAGCCUCAACCUCUUCGCUGCCGCCUCGAAAGCUGAGGAGUCCUCUGAUCCCCGCUUCUGCCUCUUCACUUUCUGCGCACCGAAGGCCUGUCCCGUGGACAGCAGUUCGACAGGCGUAUCCGCGAGUGCAAGUCGACCCGAGGAAGCACACUGUCUCUGCCUAUUCAUUUUCCUCGCUGUCCCGGAGGAGUUUUUCUCCGCCGCGGACGCCUCGAGCGCUGCUGAACUCUAUGCAUCAAACGAACGCGCCUUUUCCAGAGCCGUCGGAGGCGACGAAACCUGACAGAGUUGGCUCGCGCCGGCGCAUCGGCGCGCGCCUCACGUCGCGGCUCCUCUCGCCCGCUGAGGUGUCUAGACAGCUCCUUGAACAGUACCCCGGUCCGCCUGCUCAGGCAGUGUCAGGCGAGCCGGACGCAGAGAAAGGGACUUCGGGUGUCUCUGGACUUUUCCCAGAGGGGAAGUGGCGCACCGAACCUGUUCUCCCUUCUUCGAAAGGAGCCAGCGAGAAACAUCUGCCGCAUGGACGAACGACGUUGUCGCUCGCAAGCACGCGGGCGACUCGACUUUCUUCUUCUUCUUCGCGUCUGCUCUCCCGCCUCACCUUGGCGUCUCUCUCGACUGGGAAGAGACAUGAGUCUGAGCAGCGACGCGUUUCGGGCAUCCCUUCCGUGCGCAGUCGGUCAGACUCUCAGGCCUCGGGUGUCCGUACACCCGGGGAGCCGCCUAGCUCGGAGCCCAGAGCCGCGUACUCGCACUCGCCGGCCUUCUCGCGGCUCUUAUCUCGCGAGCUUCCUCUCAAACGACACUCCUCCUGUCCGCGGAACGCAGAAGCCACAGAGGCUUCGGUGGCUAUACAGCCGCCUGUCGGCGAGCGAGUGCCGCGCAUGCAUCCCGUUUUGUCGAAACGCAGUGUCUCAACAGCCUCGCGGGUGUCGGGCGUGAAACGUCGUGACCGCGAGGCCCUUCAGAAGCGUAACCGCGAGGAAGAAGGCCCACUCUCUGGGCUCUGGCGGCUGCUCGCCUUCGCCAGCGAGGAAGGGGGAGCCGAAGUCUCCGAGACAGAGUCGGAAACCAGUGACGCGAGCGCUGAGGUGGAGGCCGUGGACGCCUGGGGUGCCGCUCUGGACCGCGUAGACACCGGAGAUCCGUGGCGCUCUCAUCCUGCACCUCCCGUUUCUUUUCGCACGCUCAAGUCUCUUCCUCCCAAGUCUCCUCUUCUUCCACCCAAGCCUCUUUCAUCGAAAUCUUUUUCAGUUAGAUCUCCCGCAUCUCUGCGAGAGAAAGAGGUCCUUGAAGCGGCACAGCCGCUUCGGGGUCCGUCGCAACGAGGUCCUAUCUCCCAAGGUUCGGAGUCCGUCCACGCGCGAAGGAGCAGCGAGGAGGCGAGGGAAGAGCGGAGCGCUGCACUGCAUGCGAGGCCCUGCGGAGACUCCGAUGCACUUCCUAGGCCGCCUUUUGGUGACGCGGAAAGAGAUCGCAAGGGGACGUCCUCGGCUAAAGAGAAGCAGGCACCCUUUUCAGAGCCUGGAGGCGCCCCAGAGCCCCGAGCUGCCCUGCAGUCUCUCGAGAACGACGACGAACGGUGCCUCCAGUCAACUUGUUCUUCUCUCCCGAAGCCGGUGCGCGUCCCGCCUCUCCAGCUGUCCGUCGAACGCCCGUCUCCGCGCUGGUCCUCGCCUUCUCAUUCUCCUGCACCUACAGGCAACACGAAGCAGGUUCUCAACUCGGGUCUUCGGCGGCGUUCAGAGGAGACAGAGGGGCGACAUCGAGUGGCUCCGAUGUCCCCGGCGCGCGACGGCCCUCACCUGACAGGCCUGCAACUGCAGCGCGCUGGCUCUGUGCUGUCGCGCUCGAGAGAAAGUCUGUUGUCUCUGGAGGAGGAAAGCCGCCAGAGCGACGACGGGGAGGCUCUAGGGGAGGACGAGGCAGCGCCAAGAGAGACAGAGCCAGGAGAGACAGAAGGAAGAGAGAGAGAGCGUUCGCAUGCCAAGAGGAGGAUCCACAGUGCCUUUCUCUCGAACGAGGAGACAGCAGGGACGUCGUCGACCCUCUCGUCUUUCCUGGGGGUGAAUCCAGCGAACGAGGAGAGAGGAAGCUCUGCUUCCUCGAUCCUCGUCGGGGGCUUGGAAGGACGGAGACGUCUGGCCUCGCCCCGCGACUUCCCACCGCCCACCUUCGAGCGCAUUCUUUUCGGUCUACCCUGUGACGGAGACCAAGACGGAACCGGAGGAGACGCGGCAGCAGAAGAAGAAGAGGAAGAAGAGGCGAGAGAAGAGGAAGAAGAGGCGAGAGAAGAGGAAGAAGAGGCGAGAGAAGAGGUGGAAGAGCCCCGAGAGCACGUUCGAGGCGAGGACGAACGGAAAGGACCGCGAGAGCAGAAGAGGUCUGAAGAAAGAAGGACCGGGAGUGUGCCGAGUGGGGAGAUGCGGAGCGCCGACGUAAUGCGAGAGAAACGAAAAAGACGGAGUCGAGAUAACAAGAGAGCAACCGCGGCAUUGGAAGUGAAGGAGCAGAAAGAAGAUCCCGCGGCCGACGUCGGCUCGACGGUUGCCCAGGGCCUGUCUCUGCUGCCGUCGUUUUUCGCGGCGAUGCUGGCGAGGGGAGAAGACAUGAGUCCACCCCAGACAGCAUGGAACGUCGCGUCGGAGGUCGACGAGACGCCUCGGGAAGAGAGAAAAAAGGCAGGCAGCCUGACGCGCGAGUCUGCGGUCCCGGCGAAACGGGGGCUGUCCAGCUCGGCUUCUCUGGAGGGGAGCUCGAUGCGAAAGAAACUUCUCUCUCUGGUUCAGAGCCACUCGGACGUGCCGAAGGCAAAGUCGAGACGUCCUAUGAAUUUGCGACAUCUGCGAGACCUUCCUUCUCUCGCUUCCCUGUCUCCGAAAGAGAAAUUUCGGGACUUGAUCGUUGAGAGACCUCGGCAGCGACUUUCGCCCCCGACGCGCAAGACGGCAGGCACCUCCUCACACGCCUUCCUCGAGGAAUCCGCGAGCGACGGCAACCUGAACAGACACCGCAGUCUCUCGUCUUUCUUCUCCUUCUGGCGUGAUCCCCAACGAGAGAAUUCUCGCUUUUCAGCCUCCUCUCAGGCGCGUCUGGGAAGACCCGGAGGAGCGCGCAUGCGAGCCCACGGACGAUCUUCUGCUCAGCGCUCUCUCAGGAGGCGAGACAGGAGAGGCUUCUGUUCCCUCUCUCACGAGGAAGGCGAGUGGUCCAGCGAUCGCGUAUGGAGACACGAGAGCGAGAGGCGAAGGACCGAUCGACACAGAGCAAGCGCGACGCAUGGGCCGGCGAGGCGAAUACACAGCUUCCCCGGAGACAGGCUCGCGCGCGCCGAGUCGAUGCCCUCGCGCGUCGGCUUCAGGUGUACAUCCACGACGCGACGGGAGCUGUGGGAUGGGGUCGCGGCCUCGGCGCUUUCUCCAGAUGCCUCGCGAGUGAGGAGACAGCGGAGCUGCGGCUGGAGAGAACCUUCUCCCGGCGACGGCUUUCAACAGCCUUUCGGGGAAACCGAGGGGCAGGGGGAAGAGGAGGCGUCUGAUGGAGAAGCGCAAGCAGCGUGGCUUCGAGAGCUGCGGGCGAGAAGGAGGGAACGUCGCGGCAGGGAAAUGGCGUUUGGGCCGCUGUUGCGCCGACCGCAGCAACUCCAGGCUUCAGUCCGACAUCGGGGCGUCUCCACCGCGGACUUCGAGGACGCCAGAGACGCGCCUCGGGGCUGCGACAGAAGACAGUUGCUCUGCACCGACGACAGUCUCCCUGCCUCUCCUAGCGAGACCUUUCUGAUUGUGAGGAGGCGUCUGCGGCCUCCGUUCAAACACCGCCGCGAAGAAGCCGCGCGGGAGAGACGCUGCCUGCGUGCAGAGAGUUUCGACGGCUCUCCUCCUCGAGCUUCCCCGCGUCGGAACCCGCUGCUGUCUCCCUCGUCUCCGCAUCUCUCUUCUCCCCUCUGCUUAUCUGAGUUCGAGGAAGGACAACUGCAGGGACGAGACUUCGAACGCGACAGAAGACACACAUGCGACAGUGAAGAGAGAAGAGAGAGAAGAGAGAGAAGAAGUGGAAGAGAGAGAACGACACGCAUGGUGAGAGAAAGAGAGGGAUCUCCCUCUUCCGACUUUAUCCCUCCACAUACGCUGUACAUCCCUCCGCUGCGGCUGACCUCAGAGCGUUCAAAGAGGCUUCCAGACGGAAGUCGGCUCGACAGUCGCCGCCUCUCCGACUCCGUCCGCAGCGCCGUACCAAGAGGGAGAUUCGCUGAAUGCAGCGACGAAGAAGACGAAGGUGCUCGAUCUGUCCGCAAGGACCGCGACCUCUUGACGUCCCUGUUCGAACUUCCGUUCGCUUCCUCCCCCGCGCGUCGUCACCUGCAACAAGUCAUCAGGCGUCAUGCGCUCUUCAAGCUGUACGACGAAGACGAGCCAGACUCGAGCGAAAGCCUCCUGCCAGAAGCCUCUCAGACAGACGCAUGCGGCCUCCCAGCCCCGCCAGGAAAGACAAAAAAGAGAGACAUUCCUCGUGCUCUUCUCGAACAACUGGAGGCCCCGAAGACGCCUGUGCACCAUGAACAAAGACUCUCCUCACCUUCUGCUUCUCUGUCUCCUCCUUCUUCUCAUUCUUCUCCUUCUUCUCAGUCUUUUCCUUCUUCUCAGUCUUCUUCUUCUUCUCAGUCUUCUCCUUCUUCUCAGUCUUCUCCUUCUUCUCGGUCUUUUCCUUCUUCUCAGUGUUCUCCUUCUUCUGAGUCUUCCCCUUCUCCUUCCACCCGAUCUUCUGCUUCGUCUGCUUUGGUUUUCUCUCCUCUCGCCUCUUGUGCUCGGUCAAAGAGGAAGGAUCAAGAAGAGCAGACGCCUGAGAGAUACGGACGAGAGUGGCGAGACGACUUUGGUAAAGAGAAGCGACGUCGAGGCCGACACCGAGAGAUGUCCAGGAGGCAGAGAGUUUCCGACGCGUCUCCGGCUUCGUCUAUCGCGAGAAGACGUUCUGGGGAGCAACGCCGAGAGAGAAGAGCGCGAGAGACAAGCCGAGAGACUGAAGGGUGGAACAGGCACCCUUGCUUGCCCCGGGAACCUCUCCACAACGUUCUGCGUCGUCAGAACGAACGCGUGCAUGCACCGAAAAAGGCGCCGCGCUCUCUCGUGGGCGGGAAGGUGUCUGAGUCCCGAAGCAGCGCUGCCAAUGGUCGCGAAGAAACUGGAGAGAGACAAGCGGCUCUGCGGCGACAAGGGAGAUCACGAAACACACAAAAAGGCGACAGAGGAACGAACAAGGAAGGCAACGUGAAGACUACCAAGGCGCCACAGGAAAGACUCGGACAGACGGAGAGCGCCGAGCUACUCCAGUCGCGAAGAAACGCUUCUUCUUCGUCUCCGUCGUCGAUUUCUUCGGUUUCUUCUUCCUCAUCAGCUGCGGCUUCGCUGCGCGGGAGACUCAAAAAGGAUUCCCCACCGCGACGAGGAAGGAAAGGACGGAAGGACAAGAGACGCCACCUUUCUGCUUCGUCUGUCUCUUCUUCUGCUUGCUCCUCUUCUCCUUCGACGUCUCACGAAAGGACAAACACGGACAGCGUCCAGAAGAGAGGAAGGCGGAAGAAGAGCGAGAGGGGAAGUACGAGGAAGGAACAAGAGCUCAAGCAGGGCGCUCAACUCCUUGAGCCCAAAUUUACCACAGAAGCCGAGUUAGUUGCAGUCGUGAGGCGGCUGCUGGACCAGGUGACGGAGCGGAAGCAUUCGGAAGCAGACUCACCGUCGGUCGCCUCUCUCCACCCGCUCUCCAACUUGCAUGCAGUUCGCGCCGCGUUGCUGCGCCGCCAGCAAGACCUAGAAGCCGAGAGAAGAGAGCUGACGGCGUCUUGCCUGGACGACGGUGACUCCUACGGAGCAAAGGAACUUAGAGACACCCACAGAGAGAGAAGAGACCCUCAUGGAGACAGAGGAGACCGUAAGUCGUCUAGAGAGCAAAGUCCGCUCGAGAAAGACAGCCUCGUCGGCGCGAAACCGAGCCAACCAGGCCUUCUCUUUGUGAAGUUGAAGGCGCCUGAGAGGGAGAAGACAAGCGACAAAGGAGGCAGGGGUGACACAGAGGACUGCGUCCGCAGCGUCGGCCAGAAAGGCGCCUUACCGCACCCCCCCUUCGCGGCUACUCGCCUCCGUGAACUGGCGAGUAAGUCGGCAGAGCGGAGAGGAGGAAGCCCAGUCUCCGACUUCUCCUGUCACUCCAGCUCCAGCGACGAAGACAUUCCCAGUGCGUUCAACAUAGUUUGGCAAUGAAAGAAGGAAAUACUGACUUCUCCAGAAAUUCAGAGAAUCCAACUCCGAGUCGAGACAAGUCGGCGCAUCAUGACGCUUCGCCAGCCACACAGACACCUGAACUAAAUAUGACCUGGCGGCUCUAAAUGUCCUUUUUCCAAGCGAUAAAUGCGCACACAUAUAAACAUAUAUAAAUAUAUUUAUCUAUAAAUAUAUAUAUAUAUAUGCGUGGACGCGUGAAGACACAAUUACAUACGCUUGGGCAAGUCCAAGAGACGGUGCAUGCAAAAGACAGUGUGGCGGAUCGACAGACUGCCAGUUCUGUUUUCGCGACAAUGCUUUUCAACAUAGGCAUAAGCAUAUGCGGAUGUGCAUUUAUGCCCAUGGUUCGACUGACGCGUAUACAGGUAUAUAUAUGUACCUGACUCCGAAUACGGUUUUCAGGAAUGUCGGCGAUCCGUCAGAGUGUACUUUGUGAAUGGAGGUCUGUGAAAGGUCUUUUUCAUCGCACAAAGAAAACCUUUAAGACCCUUCAGGUCCAGAGGCUGCGCAGAAUUUCUUUUCUCUUCUUGUUCUCUCCUUGUUCUUCUCUCGUGUUCUUGUUGCUCGUUGUUUUUUCUCGUGGAAGUCUCGUUCUCCUCUUCACAACGGAAGUUGACGCGAUUCUUUCUUCGAAAGCAGGAACGCUUGUGAACGCCUCUCAAGUGGGGAGGGUCAAGCGUCACACCUCUCGCCAUCCGAGUUUGAGAUCCCCUCUGGGGAUUCGGAGUGCACUGGAAUGCCCGUGAGCCUCGUUGUAGGCUAGUCAUACGACUUCACGAACAGCAGAUCUAUGGACUGCCGUUCUUUGUGGCUUUCUGAGGCGGUAUUUGUCGAC